AUGGCGAUUUCAUCUUCUCCAACAUAUGCUCUCACUUUCUUCACCUCAUUGCUCAUAAUUGGAAUCUCCGGCGUCAACUCACAACCUUUUCUCAACUCGGUGGAGCAAGAAUCGGUUUAUCGUGUUCUUGAAGCACUCAACUCGGACAUCCCAUGGCGGUCGCUCUUUCCUGACGACCUCUGCUCCUCCGCCCCACACGGUGUCGUUUGCGGCUACAGCACCAUGCCCACCGCCACCAACCCUGGCACUGUCAACAUUCUUGAGCUCAGUUUCGGGUACGUUUCCGACCACAACCCUAACCCGCCUUGUGGCCCAAACUCAACCCUGCAAGACCCGUUUAUAUUUUCUGCUUUCCCUUACCUUCGUAAACUCUUCUUCUACAACUGUUUUACCCAACAGCCCGUUUCUUUACAAGCUUUUUCACAUGUGGGGUCGUCUCUUGAAGAGCUUGUUUUCAUAGAAAACCCGAGUCUUUUCGGGUCUUUGACUGAAUCAAUUGGUAACAUGACGAGCUUAAGGAGGUUGGUUAUCACCGGAACUAAUGUCUCCGGUGACAUUCCUGUUGGGUUUGGUACGUUACAGAAUCUUGAAGAAGCUACGCUUUCCCGGAACAGAUUUACUGGAACCCUACCUGAAAAUGUUUCAAAUCUCAAGAAACUCAGGAUUCUAGAUCUCAGCCAAAAUGGGUUUGGAGGGAAUAUUCCGGCGGCCAUCGGAGAGUUACAAAAUCUGAUAAAACUGGAUUUGAGUUUGAAUCUUUUUUCCGGCAACUUUCCGGUAAGCAUGAAGGGGCUGAAGAACAUAGAGCUUUUGGAUUUGAGUUGCAACAGAUUUACGAAUUUCGGGAUCCCUAUCUUUUUAUCCGAGAUGAGUAAAUUGAAGGAGGUGUAUCUGAGUGGUAAUGAAUUAGGAGGGUUGAUUCCAGACAUUUGGAAAAAUUUGAGGGGUAUAAUUGCAAUCGGGUUUUCAGGGGUAGGGCUUGUUGGUAAUAUUCCAUCUUCUAUAGGUGUAUUUUUGGGAAAUUUGACAUACUUAGCUCUUGACAACAACAAGCUAACAGGAAGAAUUCCUUUGGAGCUUGAAAGGCUUACAAUGGUUAAUGAACUGAAUCUGAAGAACAACAGUUUGAGUGGGAGACUUCCAUUUUCUGAUAAAUUUGUGUCGAGAGUUGGAAGCAAGCUAAGGGUACAAGGGAAUCCUGAAUUGUGUGUGGAUGGAGGGGUCAUUAGGUCAUUUCACAAAAGUAGUGGAGUUUUGGGUCAAUUGAAGGUAUGCAAUAGCAAUAGCAAUAGGGUGGCUAAUACCAGAUCAGACAUUCUGCAUGUUAGUAGCUCAAGUUUUAUGGGUCAUCAAGUUCCAUAUUUAGUGAUAGUGUUUCUUUUGUUUCUCAUUAUGUAG